CAGUCAGGCGCGAGGGGGCGGGGGGAAAGCGUGAGAACACAAAAUAGCUGCGGUGGUCGGCGGUGACGUAAAAAGGCAGCGCCGUACUUCUGUGCGUACAACUUCCGCCGGAGGGAAUACUCGCCCUUCGCAGGCAUGGUGCGCGGCAGUUGCGUGUUGUACAGAAAGUAUGGAAACUUCAUUGAUAACCUGAGACUCUUCACCAAGGGAGGAAGUGGUGGAAUGGGCUACCCUCGCUUAGGUGGAGAAGGUGGAAAAGGUGGUGAUGUCUGGGUUGUAGCCCAUAAUAAAAUGACUUUAAAACAACUUAAGGAUAAAUAUCCUCAGAAACGGUUUGUGGCUGGAGAAGGAGCAAACAGUCGAGUUAGUGCACUGAAAGGCUCCAAAGGAAAAGACUGUGAAAUUCCUGUACCUGUGGGUGUUUCAGUGACUGAUAAAAAUGGUAAAGUUAUAGGAGAACUCAAUAAAGAGAAAGACAGAAUUUUGGUAGCUGAAGGAGGUCUUGGUGGUAAAUUACUUACAAAUUUCUUACCGUUGAAAGGCCAGAAGCGAGUAAUUCACCUUGAUCUAAAACUUAUAGCUGAUAUAGGCCUGGUGGGAUUCCCAAAUGCUGGAAAAUCCUCUUUGCUAAGUAAGAUUUCUCAUGCAAAACCUGCAAUUGCAGAUUAUGCAUUUACAACAAUAAAGCCUGAACUUGGAAAAAUUAUGUACAGUGAUUUUAAACAGAUAUCUGUAGCUGAUCUUCCUGGUUUAAUAGAAGGAGCACAUAUGAACAAAGGAAUGGGCCACAAAUUCCUCAAGCAUAUAGAAAGAACUAAACAACUGCUUUUUGUUGUUGAUAUUUCUGGAUUUCGGCUUUCUUCCCAAACUCAUUACAGAACUGCUUUUGAAACCAUAAUACUGCUUUCAAAAGAGUUAGAAUUGUACAAAGAGGAACUUCAGACAAAACCUGCACUCCUAGCAGUAAAUAAAAUGGACUUGCCAGAUGCACAGGAUAAAUUCCAUGUACUGAUGAACCAACUCCAGAAUCCUAAAGAAUUUUUGCAUUUAUUUGAAAAAAGCAUGAUUCCAGAGAGGACUGUGGAAUUCCAACAAAUCAUCCCCAUCUCUGCAAUUACUGGAGAAGGAAUUGAUGAACUAAAGAACUGUAUAAGGAAAUCUCUGGAUGAACACGCCAACCAGGAAAAUGAUGCAUAUCAUAAGAAGCAGUUGCUUAAUCUACAUAUUUCCAAUACAGUAUCUUAUAGUGAGCCACCAUCAAAGAAUGCUGUUUCGAGUCCUAGAAUGGAUAUAACUUAAAUGUAUUAAAAGUGAUACUGAAAUUGUGUUCAUUUGAAAGCUCUUUGACGAACAUUUUUUAGAAUGUUGGUUGUCACUAACCUGCUGUAUAAACUAUCAUUCAAGAACCAUAUUUUUAAAGAUGUUUAGUUAAGUUUAUCAACAGAUAAAAAAAUAACUGAGAGUUAAAAAUGACAGUUUAUAAUAUUAUGGUCAUCCACCUGUAAUAACAUCCUAUAGUAUUCUAUAUGUAUGUCUCUAGUGAGAUAAUUUUUAAGGUUAUAAAAAAGGAUUCCUUAAGAGCAACUAGGUUUUAUUUCUGUUUUUGAGUUUGUCAUUACCUGGUUCUCCUAAAUUUGUACUAGUUCUCUUUUUUUUGAAAAACCUCAAACUCCUGAAUUUGAACAUAUUCACUGAUAAUAAAGAUCACUGAUAAUCAGCA